CUUGUGCAGCUCAUACUAAUAAAUGCAGCAUCUGAAAUUUUAUUGCUAGACAUACAAGAUAUCACCUGGAGUUUCAAUAUUUCUGUAACUCAUAUUCCAAUCUCUUCUCUCAUCCCUCGUCAGAGAAAAUGGUUUCAGGUGCGGCUGCUCCACUCACUUUCAACCCUCCUGCUAGAGUCAGAUAUUUGAUUCGAGGCCUUGCUUCUGAAGAAACCCGAGAGCAAUCACUUGAUGUUCUUUGCAAGAAUAGACUGGCUUAUGACAAUUUGGCAGUGCUGUUAUGGCAUUCUUUUGGGAUUAUGGGUGUCCUUUUGAAGAUAAUAACUUCAGCUUACCGUCCACUGUUGUCCGACGGCCUUACUGAAAAUGCUGUAACACAAGUCUGCAAUGCUAUAGCCCUUUUCCAGUGUGUAGCUUCUCACCCUGAUACAAGGAUUCCAUUUAUCAGAGCUACAAUGCCAGUGUAUCUAUAUCCCUUCUUGAACACCAUGAGCAAUGAAAGGAGCUAUGAAUGUCUAAGGAUUACCAGCUUAGGUGUGAUCGGGUCCCUAGCAAAGGUAGAGGAUCCAGAAGUGAUAGAGUACCUGCUUUCAACUCAAAUAUUUCCCAGUUGCCUACGCUGCAUGGAGGUUGGCAAAACAUUGUCAAGAACGGUGUCCACAUUUAUAAUUUACAGAAUCUUACUAAGUGAGAAAGGGCUCAAGUACUGUUUCGUUCUUGCUGAACGAUAUCUCUCAGUAUCCCAAUGUUUGGGGAAAUUGGUUGAAAACCUUAGUGAAGAUGAUGCAGAAAAUUUGCCUCACCUCCUCAAAAACAUUAUCGGAUGUUACCUCAGGCUCUCCGAAAACGAAAGGACCAGGCCACAAUUGUCGAGCUAUAUUCCAUGGAAGUUGUUAGAUGGCAAAUAUGCUAACAUCGUUCGGAGUGAUCCAAUGGCCCUUGCUGACCUACGACAAUUGGUUUGCAAUUUAAGGACCAGCAAGAGUUGUACAACCCACUGUACCGAUGAGCCACCAGCUAGCAGCGACUCACCCGGAACGUCCAUUCCAUGAUGGUUACCUUAUUCAGAUUUGGCAAGGCAGUGACUGGGGAACAUACAAUAUACAAUAUCAAUCCCCCAUACUCUCUAAGAUAUUACCCUAUAGAACUGUACUGUAGGUGUAUAGGGAUGGUUAUGUUGGCCAAAAACAACUCCGUAAUGGCUGCUAGUUAAUUACCCUUAAUAUUUUAUGUUUACAGUUAAUGCAUAAUCUGUCUUGCCUAUAUCUAUGUGGAAUAUAUAUAUAAAAAAAUUUUGAAUA